AUUCAUAAACAUGUCUGGACUAAGUAGCUCUGUUGCUUCACUGUGCUGUAUGCUGGUAGUUUUUUACGUCUCUGCCUCCGCAGAGUUUCGGCGAUUUGAACAUCCUCCCAAACCUGAUGGGUCGCUCAGCUUCCUGGUAAUUGGUGACUGGGGAAGAAGAGGAACUUACAAUCAAUCCGAAGUAGCAGUCCAGAUGGGAAGCAUGGGAGAAAAACUGAGCAUUGAUUUCGUGGUGUCAACUGGAGACAAUUUUUAUGAGAAUGGACUGCGUGGUAUCCAUGACCCUGCAUUUCUCUACUCAUUUACAGAUAUUUAUACAGCAAAAAGCCUGCAAAAGCAAUGGUAUGCUGUUUUGGGAAACCACGAUUACAGGGGAAACACCAAGGCACAGCUCAGCACCAUCUUGAGAAGGACAGACAGAAGAUGGCUUUGCUUACGAUCUUACAUUGUCAAUACAGGGACUGCGGAAAUUUUCUUUGUCGACACUACUCCAUUUGUUGACAAGUACUUUGAGAAGACAAAGCACCACAAAUAUGACUGGAGAGGAGUGCUUCCGAGGGAGAAAUACCUGACAAAGCUUUUGAAGGAUUUGGAAUCAGCACUGAAGCUGUCAGUUGCAAGUUGGAAAAUUGUAAUUGGGCAUCAUACCAUUAGAAGCAUCGGCCAUCAUGGCGAAACCAGGGAGCUUGUAACACGGAUUUUACCAAUACUCGAGGCAAAUGAUGUUGAUUUGUACAUAAAUGGGCAUGACCAUUGCCUGCAACACAUAAGUAGCAACACAAGCUCUAUGCAAUUCUUAACCAGUGGAGGGGGUUCAAAGGCGUGGAAAGGUGAUUACCAUGAUCUAAAUCAAGAGGGGUUAAAAUUUUACUAUGACGGCCAAGGAUUCAUGUCUCUGCAACUCAACCCAACCAAUGCCAAGAUUGUGUUCCAUGAUAUAGCUGGAAAGGUUCUUCAUAGCACAAACUUAUCGAAGCAACGUUACAGUGUUGUUAUGUAGGAUUCAUUUUGCAAUAAAACUAUGUCAAAUCACUAGUUCUAAAUUAAGGUUAGAUCAAGUAGGUCUACCAUUGUGUCAAGAAAACCUAUCCAGCAAGCAAGUACUCAUCUGUGAAAUAGAGUUCACCUAUCCGGUAAGCAUGGAAUAAGACAUGCAUGGUAAUAGGCGAACAAAGUCUGAAGACCCUAAUUUUCACCUCAAACCUCAUAAGAAUGAACCAGGGGGUCCAGAACUACAGUAGAGGACCAGGAACCAUAUGGCUAAAAAAUUCAAGAACCAAAACAUUAGAAGAACUGAGCCAGUCUGACCAAAAUUGAUCAGUUUAGCACGGUUAUCUUCGUGGCCCAGACCACAGUUUCAAGUAAAAAUUUUGCUUUCUCACAAGAUACUGAUAUCUCAGCCAACAUUAGUGGUUCCCAACCUAUAAGAUGAUAUCUCAGAGAGCUCUUCAUCUCCUGUUUAGAUGUCAUUUAAG